CGCCAACGCUCACCUUCCAUCCCCGCGGAACCCCCAACGCUCACCUUCCAUCCUCGCGCACCUUCAUCCUCGCGGAUCCCGUGCUCCCUCGGGCGUUCCCUUCGCGCCCGCCCGCAGAUCUCCCAUCGACGUCGAUGCUCCGCGAUUAAGGGGAUCCAAGGCCAACAAACAGCAUGGCGCGCGUGUUGAGGGCAUGGGGAGGAGGUGCGUGGCCUCCAUCAACGCUCUCCUACCCAUCUGCUCCGCGAUCCCCGCCAUUCUUGUCGCUCACCUUCCAUCGACGACGCCACAUCGACCUCAGCAACCUCUGCCCACCUACAAGAACAACCGGUCGUUUUGUUGCGCUGUUGUGCACGCGGUUGUAGGGAGGGCGCAUUGUAGCGGCUACGAGGGACCGAUGUUCCUGUGUGGCAGUGACAACGACACCGUGGAGCUAAGACAAUGUCGGCAAGCUGAUUUUUCAGAUUGGAAUCUAUGGUUCUUUUUAAAGAUCGAAAAUGUUCUAGCAUCUUAAAAAGAUUUGUCAGAAUGUAAACAUUUGUUCCGAGGUCAUUUAGGCCUCAAACAUAAUUUCUUGGACUUAUUUCGUUGGAGGGAAUGAGACAUCUCGAGAUCUAAAUGUG